AAUAUUUAGUGCUGAAUCGGCAUCAGAGGCAAAUGAAUGGCACAAACAGCCCUAUAAAAGUAUGAUGUCACUUUUCAGAAUAGCUUCAUUCCUGGUGUGAUCCUGCCCUUGUCAACAUGAAAGGCAUUAUUAGGUAUUCAUUAGACUUGUAAAACUCAUUCGAAAAUCAUUUUCAUGUCAGUUGUUGAUUUAUUUCAUCUUUUUCAGAUUGAACAGGAUUAUGAUUGUUUAUUCGAAAAUGGUAGCCAACUCACCAAACUCUGGGAUGGCUUUUUUGGCAAACGGAUCAUUACAUAUGCCUCAGCUGGUAAGCGUGGCAAUUGGCGUGAGAAGUUAGGUGUCAAAGACGUCCUGAAUGAAGAUGAAGAAAGUGUGGUGGCCCUCCAACUGUUGCCACACAUACUACCACCAAAGCCAAUAAAGUCAUCAAAUGUGGUACAUAGACCAUCAAACUUGGAAGCAGCCAAUGCUUUCAUCAGGUUCAAACAGGCAACAACAAACAUAGCAGCCUUCCUCGACACUGUAGAGGGAGAGGUCCAACCAUUCAUUCUAGCUCUUGGGGAUCGCCAUAAACCAACUCAAUCAUUUGUUAUUGUUGAGCGCAAUGCAGUGGAGCAGACAUCUCUGUUGAAAGCAGUUGACUGCUGCUUCAAGCUUUUCUUUGUUCUGGACAUCGCUUAUCCAGCAAGCUGUCACAUUGUUUGGGAGUUUCUGCAGGAUUUGGUUUACCAAGUGCCUGUCAGAAAGGGGCAAACAGCCAUCAGUAAGAAUGUGACGAGUUUAAGGAAUUAUUUCAAUGUUGCCAAGUAAAUAUGAUGUUGCAUCAAAUAAGCAACUGGUUUUUGAUCUGACCUACUUUUCAAGGUCACAGAGGUAAAUACACAAAACCACUCGAGUGGGAUUUCCGAGGUAUCGGACUACACCCCGAGUGAUGGUCUUUGGCUGGAAACCCCCGAGACUGCAGGAUGUGACGAGUUUAAGGAAUUAUUUCAAUGUUGACAAGUAAAUGUGAUGUUGCAUCAAAUAAGCAACUGGUUUUUGAUUUGACCUACUUUUCAAGGUCACAGAGGUCAAUAUGCGUUCUCGGGGGUUUCCAGCCAAAGACCAUCACUCGGGGUGUAGUCUGAUACCUCAGAAAUCCCACUCGAGUGGUUUUGUGUAUGUAAAUUUCUUUCGAUCAUUUUUAGUGAAAAUUUGGGCAAGAAGUUUGAUUUCGGCUGCAACACUGUUUCAACAAUGCAAGUCUGGAUUCGCACGUGUGGUAUCUGGUAUUUUUAUCUCAUGGCCGGACUGACCGCUGUUUCAGUCGGAUUUCCCCGGUCGUUUAUUGUCUUUGAAUAUGCAAUCACUGGCGUUGGGGCUAUCAUAAACCAUCAGUCGUGCUUCGAAAACAGUUGUGGGCUACAUUUGCGCCAAUUUCGGCUGGUUUUGUGGAAUAAUUAUGUUUUGAUACGACAAAACGUGACUUUGUGCACUGGAUUUCACUGACAUCGGGCAUGGGAUAAACGUUUUUCUAUGGCACUGCCAUUUUGCAAGACAGCAUGUUUUGUAACUGCUUUAGCUACAGAUUCCUAACUUGGUA